AUGAUACCCUUGAUCGAUGCCCAUUGUCAUGUCACUACCACUGUCGCUGGUACCUUGGAUAGCUCAAACUUUUCUGAUCCUAACUUGAUGAGGUGUGUAAUGUCCACCAACGUCUACGAUUGGGAUAAGCUGAAAUCUUUAGGCAGUGAUGAUGGCACGUUUCUUAGCUUCGGCGUACACCCCUGGUACUCUCAUCUUUUCUCAUUGGGUAAUCCAGUGAGUAAGCAUGAGCACUAUACGGCAGUACUGGAGUCUUCUAGUCAGGCAAAUAUCAAUGAUCUUAUUGGUCUUCUGCCUGAUCCAGUUGACCUCAAUUCAUACAUCGAUAGAGAAUUUGAUAUCAGACGUAUAAGCUGCAUUGGGGAAAUUGGAAUCGACAAAUUAUUCAGAUUACCUGAGAAUGGCUUUUAUCAGGCUCAUCAAAGUGCUAGGCUUAGUAGUGUUCGAGUUAAACUGACACACCAAGUGGAAGUUUUUACAGUGUUUUGCAGGUUAGCUAUCAAAUACUCCUUGCCCGUGUCUCUACAUGCUGUGAAAUGUCAUGGCAUGAUGUUUGAUCUUUGUAAAUCACUUUUGUUCCCCCACGAAGCAGUUAAGAUAUGCCUUCACUCAUACACAGGUUCAUUCGAUACACUAGAAAACUUCUGGCUCAAAGAGCUACCAUCAAGUAGAAUCUACCUUAGUCUCUCCAGGUGGAUCAGCUUCAAGAAUGCUGAUAAUGGCCGAAAGCUAUUGCAGGCCUUACCUUUAGAAUGCACCCUCACAGAAACCGACUACGCGGUGGACAAUGAAAAGGAGAAUUUGCUCCUCGAACAAGUGAGUUAUGUCAUUGAUGAAGUUACUCAAACCCAUCAACUUGAAAGUUCGCAAGUUGCUAAGCAGAUUAUCUACGAUAAUUUCUGUCGGUUCAUUUCGAUGAACCUUUAA